UGGCUGACCCCCAACCUUUAUUCCCUCAAAUUGCUUAGUUUUUCCCCCGAUGUCUGUUGUAUCGCUGUCAUCUGCUGCAAUUUCCCCAAAUCUAAACAGCAACGCAGAAAAGAGAGAGAUAGAGAGAGGUGAGACAAAAAAGAAAGAAAGAAGAGGAAGUAGUAAAUCGACCUGCUGUUCUGUUCGCUUUCUCCAAAAAUUUCUCUCGAUCUAUGCAAUUAAUCUGAUUUUGAUUGUAUGGAAAAAUUCCUAUAAAGGGGGAGGGGGACAGUGGAGACCUUGUGUAAACAAGUCUUAUGAAGGUUAUUCCAAAAGGACAAGGAAGAGAAGCACACUGUGGCCACGUUGUGAAUGUAAGUUCUUUUGUUGAUAUGUUUCAUUGCUGUAAUUUUUCAAAAAGUUGAAGCUUUUGUCAUUUUACUGUUAGUGGUAUAUUCUAACUAGAGGUGCUGAUGGGCCAGGUUCAGGCUGGACUCAACUAAAAAUUCAGGCCCAUUUACUAGGCAUGGGCCCGACCCAAAAAAAUGGGCCUAAAAUUUUAUCCAAGCCUGACCCGGAUAAAAAUGCUAAAACCCGGGCCCGACCCAACCCACUCGUAUUAAUUUUUAUAUUAAUUUUAUAUAAUUUUUAAAUAUAUAUAAUACAUUAAAAAUACUAAAAAGAUCAAAAUAAAUAUUUCCCAACAAAUUGAAAAUAAUUUUUAAAAAAUAUGUAGACUUAAAUAACACUAAGAUAAAUGCAACUUAACAAGCAAAUGCCUCUAAAAUAAUAACAAAAUUAACAAGUGCCUUUAAAAUAAUAACAAAAUUAACAAUAAAAUAAGUUUUAUACAAUAUACAAACAAUAGCAACAAAAUAGUAGCAACAUAAUAGUAAAAUGGUAGCAAAAUAUGGAGAAAACAACAAGAAAAUAACAUUAAAAAAAAAAGAUCAAAUUUUUUUUGUCAUUUAGUGAAUCCGGGCUCGGGCCAAAAAAUGCCUUACUCGAGGCCCGACCCGUUUUUUAAACGGGCCUUAUUUUUUUUCAAGCCCAUUUUUCGGGCCUAUAUUUUUGUCCAAACCCUCCCACAUUUUGAGCUGGCCUUCGGGCCAGGCUGGGUGGCCCGAUCCAUGAACAGGUCUAAUUCUAACCAAGUAGAUCAACAGAGUUAAAUGUUUGAACUUCACUCGAAAAAACUUAAAAUAGGGCUAAGUUUGAUAGAGUUUUAUUCUUCAAAUUUGAUAUUGAUUCUAAAAGUUAGUGAGCUAUUCAAUUAGCCUCAUAUCAUUAAAGAUAAAAUCAAGCUCAUACACUUUGUGAUAGAGAGAUUUGUUAUUGAGUUAACCGCUCAAUUACAUACAUGUAUGAGCAAGACUUGGCUUCCCUACACUCCUAGUAAGGAUGAGUUUCAAUUGGAGGUUCAUUCUUUGUUAAUCAAAUUUUAUAAAAAAAAACAACUUUUAGUUAAUUUUUAUUUGAUAAAUUGAAAAAAGAUAAAUAUUGAAUAACUAAAGCUUGAUUCUGCAUUUGCUUAAAAAGAGAAGAAGUAUGAAUAUGCUUUUAUUAGGUUUUGAAGUUGUAAUAUAUUAUUUUGUAGUGAUUUUACAACUAAUGAGAUUUUACAUAAUAGAAGAUGGCAUAGAAGGUCCAUUAAUAAGACACUGGGAUAAUGUGGUCUAAAAGUUAAAUAUUGUUGGUUGAAUGAAAUAAAUUUAUUUAAACUACUAAAUAUUCCUAAAUUUUAAUUUGGAAUAUUAUAUUAAGAGGUGCUUAAAAUGAUUAACUAGUUAUGUCACUCAAACUCAUGGUAAGUGUUGAAUACAACUAUGUGUCUGAAAUGGGUAUACUCAAAUUUUUAAAAAAAUUGUGUGAUGAAUUAACUAGACCUAUAGUAAAAAAACUUUUAUUGAUAAAAUAGUACAAAAUUAAAUAAUUGUGUUAAUUAAUUUUGACUAUAUUGGUGGGACCUUUUCUUUAAAAGAGAACAAUUAUUUUAUUUUAUUUUAAAUUAAAUCCUUAUAAUAUAAGUCUUAUUUUAAAAUUUUGAUAAUCGACUCAUUAAAAUAAUUAGUUGAAAAUCAAAAUAAUCUUUUAAUUAUAUAUAAAAAUGUGUUAGAUUAAUUAUUGCUUUUAUUAAUUUUAAAAAUAUAAUUUAAUCUAAAUUGUAGGUGUAAAAUAAAAGACUUAAUUCCACUUUGC